AUGUCGGCCACAAAUCGGAAAAUCACAGAUACCCUUGUCCUUGGCAUGCGCAACGUCAACAUUCCCCAGCUCGGUCUGGGAACCUACCUCUCGCCCCCGAACCGUACGCUCAACUCGUGCCUCGCAGCUCUGCAGGCAGGCUACCGGCAGAUUGACACAGGCCAGUACUACGAGAACGAAGAGGAGGUAGGACGUGCCAUCCACCAGUCCGGCAUCCCUCGUGACCAGGUGUUUGUCACGACCAAGAUCCUCACACCUGGCGAGACGGUCGAGGACAACUAUGCCUCGUGUCUGGAGAGCGUGCAGAGGAUAGGUGGAAGGGGAGAGGAUAGCUAUGUGGACUGUUUCUUGAUCCACUCGCCGAGCCCUGGGAGCAAGAAGCGUAGGGAGAUGUGGCUGGCUCUGGAGAGGUUGUAUGAGGAGGGUAAGGUGAGGGCUAUCGGAACAAGCAACUUUGGUAUCGGGCAGAUUGAGGAUCUGAAGGGUGUUGGCAAGGUCUGGCCGCCGCAUGUCAACCAGAUCGAGCUACAUCCCUGGACACAACAAAAGGAGAUCGUACAGUACUGCCAGGACAAUGGCAUCGUGAUUCAAGCAUACUGCCCCAUCGUCCGUAACAAAAAAGCAGACGAUGAACACCUCUUAUCACUAGCAAAGAAGCACAACGUCACCCCGAAUCAGGUCCUGAUCAGGUGGAGCAUCCAAAAGGGCUGGGUGAGCCUACCCAAGAGCGACAGUCCGGAGCGAAUACAGCUGAAUAGGGAUAUCUAUGAUUUUGACCUGGACGACGAGGACAUGGCCUUGCUCAACGGUCUGGACCAGGGAUCUGAUGGGGCCCUUGUCAUGACGGUAGACAAUUCUUGA